GAGCAUUAGCAAGAAUUACAGCCAGCAAGGAAACAACAACUUUAAAGAAACGUAAGAAACAAGAAGAAAAUAUCAAGAAAAGUCUGGCUUUAUUUUUUUUUAUUGAAACAUUAGAUCAGCGACAGUAUUUAUUUUAUUAUUUUUAACAGUCGGUAUAAGCUUUUAUUGGAGCUACAGAGGCGCCGGAGCGUAAAAGAAGCGGGAGAGUGGAGCCUAUUGUCAAGGAUUGUCCGGCUCAUCCCCAGCAAUGGUCAAUAUGGAAACCUGCGCUAUGGAUUGCUGCGUGUUGAAAGCGCUGUUGGCAGAGAGAGCUCACAAAUGCCUCAUAUUGGACUGCAGGUCGUUCUUCUCCUUCAGCUCGUGCAGCAUCGUGGGAUCCAGCAAUGUUCGCCUGAGCACUAUCGUCAAGAGGAGGGCGAAAGGCAGCAUGGGCUUGGAGCACAUCGUCCCCAAUGAGGAGCAGAGGUGCCGGCUGGUGGCUGGGAUGUACGAGGCGGUGGUGCUGCUGGAUGAGAGGACAUCAGAGCUGGACAUGCUAAGGAAAGACAGCACCAUGAUGCUUGCAGUCAAUGCCCUGUGCAGGGACUCCAGGGGCAGCAGCAUCUACUUCCUAAAAGGUGGCUAUGAGACAUUUUCUGCACAGUGCCCAGAAUUCUGCACCAAAAACUCUCCUCCAGUGGGUCUGAGUUUGCCUCUUUGUGCCAACAACGUGCCAGGCAGCGCUGACUCCAAUUGUACUCCCUGUGGAACUCCACUCUAUGACCAGGGGGGACCAGUGGAAAUUCUGCCCUUCCUGUAUUUGGGCAGCGCAUACCACGCAUCAAGGAAAGACAUGCUGGAUACCCUUGGCAUUACAGCCCUCAUCAAUGUGUCCGCAAACUGUCCUAAUCACUUUGAGGGCCACUUCCAGUACAAAAGCAUUCCCGUGGAAGACAGUCACAAGGCAGACAUCAGUUCGUGGUUCAAUGAAGCUAUCGAUUUCAUAGACUCUGUAAAAAAUUCUGGUGGAAGGGUGUUUGUCCACUGCCAAGCUGGUAUAUCCCGAUCUGCUACCAUCUGCCUUGCCUAUCUUAUGAGAACUAACCGAGUGAAGCUAGAUGAAGCAUUUGAGUUUGUGAAGCAAAGGAGGAGUAUAAUCUCCCCAAACUUCAGUUUUAUGGGACAGCUUCUUCAGUUUGAGUCUCAAGUGCUAGCACCAUCAUGUUCAGCAGAAGCAGGUAGCCCUACAAUAUCUGUUCUAGAUCGAGGGACAUCCACCACCACCGUCUUCAAUUUUCCUGUUUCUAUACCUGUCCACUCAGGAGCAAACUCUCUCAGUUACCUUCAGAAUCCCAUCACUACAUCACCAAGCUGCUGAGGUACUGAGCAAACAGACACAGACUGUAGCAAAUGGACAAUUUGUGUUUUUAUCAAGUGCAAUAAUUAUUUUUAUAUCCAACACUUUUAUUUUACCUCCUGUUGAGUUAAAGGAGCAACAUGUACUUUGAGCCAGUUGAACUGGUAAAACUACAAAAAAAACCAAACUGACAUGACUUGUUGGACAAUAUUUUAGAUGCUUAUCCUAACCACUAAGGAAGUCAAGAAAAACAGGUCACAAUUGCCUUUUGUGUUUUUGUCCCGUUUUUAUUUGUUAUCACCCUUUUUGGGGGGUGAUUUAGCAGUAUUUUCAUUCCUGAACUCCUUUUUUAUUGUUGAUUGAUGAAGAGAGGCUGCUGCCUAAACCUGUAAUAUAAUAUUUAUUCUGCAAGCUGUGUCCUGCCUACAGAAGCCUAAGAUUUCAGCUUUUCAAAGAAGCAAAGAAAGAGAUACCUCAGUAUUUUCUGGUACUGUAAUUCCUGUGUGUAAUUCAAGACCAGCUUCAGUUUCCAAAGCACUGAUGUCAAAGCACUAGGCCCUAGCCUUCUUCAGAGUUUGCGGACUAUUGUGUGUGUGUGUGUAUAUGUUUGUGUGUAUAUGUAUAUACAUAUAUACACAUAUAUAUACUUGUAUGCUAUGAUUUUAUUUAUGAUGCAAAAUAAUAUAUAUCUUCUACUGUGAGGUGAGAAGACGUUCUUAAUACAGAACUAUGACUUUUUAUACUGAUAGAAUAAA